AUGCUUUUCUCUACCUACGAGUCCACACGACUUGCCAUGACAGCCAAUGCAUCCUCGCCAUCGAAGGCUUCCGAGCAAAGUCCACCGAGCCCAAAAUUUUUAUCUCCUGCAGAGGCUAUCGCAGAGGCAUGGAAACGAGAGACAGAAGAGAGUAAAGCAAGAUGGCGGAGGAUUGAUGAAGAUGCUAGACGACGUUAUACAAAUCCACAUCACAAAAAGGAGCGUAAAACCAAGCUUUGA